AUGUCUAGCAUAUGUGCCUCUGCUGUUCGGUGGCGCUGCAUGCGUCGAUCGUGGCUUAUGGAAGCCGUCAAAGUUGAUCUUGAGUCGUCUUACGAUGCCGUCUGCUGUGGCUGCCUUUCCACACCCAGGAACCGUGAGAUGGGCGCCUAUGGGUCUGGCGGGAUGGCUUUCAAGUUUCAACGACUUGUUCGGUUAGAAAGACUCACGUCAAUCUCCAUGUGCGUCUGCUCGUUACGGUUAUGGAGUCCAAUGCGAGUAGAGGACAAAGUCGAUACAGAUGGCAUUGGAACUGGCCGUGUAGUUCCUCAUGGCUGCCCAUAUAGGUAUCCAAAAGGCAUGCUUGCUGGAUCGGAGGAUAUAUUGGAGUAUGCUGUCGACAGCGUCUGCGAGUGUCCACGUCACAUUGUGGGGUCCGAUGAAUGUGCAAGAUUGAGGGAGAGCGUAAGGACGCGACAUUCGUGA